CGCCGCGCGCAGAGUAGACCUGCCAGUCCCACCGCAUCAACGAUACCAGAGACGGUUAACUAUAAAAUCUUUGACCGUAUCAGACAGGUUGGCCGCUAGAUUAUUAACGUUACUUGCGUCUCCAUAGGAGAAUAUUUACAAAUAUGAGUUUAGACACACUAUUUAGGCAAAUCAUAAUAACAGAACAGCAUGUAUCAAAUAACUGCCGCCAGCUACAAGAAGCAAAAAGUGCCAUUGCAACGUAUUUUGAACAGGUUAAAAAACACAGAGAGCAACUGAAAUGCCUUGAGGAUGAAUUACAUCAGGAGGGUCAUUUUCUUUCUGAGAUGAUUCUGCAGUGUGAUCUUUUAAAAAAGAAGCAAGAACACCUAGAACACAGAAAUGAUGAGCUUCAGCAACAACAGCAGAGGCUCAGAAAUGAUCAGGAGACACAGAAGAAUUGGGACAUGGAACAACAAAAGAUUUUUAUAGCGGAAACUAAGGCUUUCAAUUGUGAAUAUUGCCUCCUCCGCCACAGACACACUAUUGUCUAUCGUCAAGCUUGUGCCGAAAUGCUGAGGCUCAUGCAAGAAGCAGGGAUUUUAAGAAAAGAAAUGCAGUAUAUGACCCAAACAAAUGCACAUAUGACCUUGAAACAAGAAAAGAAAACUGUUCUUCAGUCAAAUUUGACACAACUGGAGAUUCAACAUCGAGAGUUGGAGACUGAAGUUGAAGAGGCAGCAUCUCUGACAAGCUCUCUGAAAGUGGAGAAAACGGCAGUUACCAAGAAACCCGUUUUAGACAAACUUUGCCUAAGGCUGAAGGACGAGGUGGGUAUGCAUAAGGAGGGAAACCUUGAACUUAAGCAUCAAAUGCUCUCAGCUAAAAUUCAACUUCUGCAAAAGGAAGGAAACCAUGGACCUCAUUCACCAGUAUCUUCCAAAUAAUAAGAGAUAGUCUGUUGUACUCACAACCUAGGGUUUAUUAAUGGAUGAUAACGAGUUCAAACUUUUGUUUGGGAGCCAGAUUACGGUAAUUGAAGUUUUGAGCUACACCGUUGCGUGCUCUAGCAACAAAAUGCCUGUAGCAGCAGGCAUCGAGCCAAGUCAAAAUAAAUCACUAUUUUCAAACCACUACCAAGGCUCUAAAUAUGCUUACACCCGAAAAACACCAGGUUUGCAACUGAAGUGCUCCAUUUGCGUAGCAGAAAAACAGUUUUAGAAGACUGGUCUUAUUUUUUCGAAUGUACGCGAAUGUUCGUCUGAUGAGUGCAGGGCUCUACAGUGCGCUCAUUUAAAAUUAUGACAUGCGAGUGCAAAAAAAAUGUAUGCACACUAGUGUUAGUGACUUCUAACCAUGUGACCAAGUUGUCUAGAAAAUCACUGCAACAUCAGAAAACAUUAUAAUGCGAAUCAUACACUGAUGUCGCAAAUGCAGCAUAAAACUACACCUCCCAUAGAUGUUAGCGGUUUAGCGUUACCGUACUGUACCUCAAGCUUCUAACUCGUAUGAAAAAGCAACAGUUUAGGCUAGCCUACCAUGCAGUAUAACCAAAUUCAUUGGGAUAGUAUAUACCAACAAUUAAUAAAGAUACAGAAGGAACAGGAAGGAGAUGAGAUUCUGGAAAUGCAGAGAAGGAAAUGGGAUACAUGUCGUUGAGGGAUUGGCUGGAUUAUAAAAAUAUAUCUGUAGUGCACAGAUACAAAAGUAGCCUAAUAUUUCAGUUUUCUCCAAAGGUAGAAUGCUAUCAACAACUCAAGACUUUCAUGCAUACUUGUUAACACAGAAUACAAGCUUAAGUAGGCUACAAAACGAAACAACACUUGCCUAUUGCCCCCGCCAAUGCAGUCAGAUAUUUCAAAUACAUAUGGAUAUAUUUCAGUAGGCUAUUUUAUAUUUUGUGGAAGUGAAAAUGGGCUAAUAGUAGUAGUAGGCAGUAUGAACUCUGACAGGUUAAGGUCACCAUUGACCAUCUAUUUGGAAAAUAUAAAAUAUGCUGUUGUCUUCUUGUAUUUCUUCUUUAGCUUUGGUUUUGACUGGAUUCAAGUAAACUUAGCCGUGGCAAUAUAAUGCUGGUGUUUGUAAAUAUAAAUUCUUUGUCUGUUGUGUUAAUGUAAAAUUGCUAUGUAUAUUUGUUUUCAACAAUCACAAUUGAGAGCUCCAUUUCAAAAUGCAAUGUUUGUAUGAUGCAUCAGUUACAUCAGGCAAUUCAGGAAAUAGGCAAUUUUACAACCAUGUUAUUCUCAUAAAUUAGUUUACAGUA